CGGAGUAGCUAGGUCGACCACGGCGUUCGCUUGAUGCUAACACUAAACCGUUCUCUCACAUCACUCAGCGCCGGUCUGCGGACUAAAGUAAAGGAAAGGUAAACCAGCUAACGGUUACAGUGGAUGUGUGGUCGGAGCGUUGCUCCAACUACGGUGCCCCCACAGACUCAGUGCAAGCUCAUUGCCAUUGGUUGAAGAACUUCUGGAUAUUCUAACUUUAUUACUGACUCCGAGUCGGAGCAUACAGAGUGAUACUACGCAUUCGCCCUGUUUGAUUAGUGUCAGCCGUUCAAGUCCAAUCCAAGGUCGGCAAGGAUGAUGAUCCGGAGCGUGGCGUUCGUCCUCGCCAUCACGGCCGGCAUCGCAUUUGGAACACAAGACCAACCUGAUACCACGCCGGUGCCUCCCGAGGGCCAUUUCCUUCACAACUUCAUCAUUCGGCCGCAGCUGCCUGGUGCCUGCCCUACUGGAUGCAAAGGAUUCGCUGGUGACUAUGGACAGCCUGGACACCGAGGACCAAGGGGUACUGCUGGUCCAGGAGGCCCACCUGGAAUACCUGGAUACUAUGUGACCUACUCGCAUGGACACUUGCCUGGACUUCCUGCGGAGGGGUCUAUCAUGACAGAUCACACACUCUACAACCCAUCUGUGAAGGGCCCACAAGGCGAAAUGGGUGAUGUGGGUGCUCAUGGUCCGGAUGGUAUUGAUGGCGUGCCAGGUGCCCAGGGCCCUUCAGGCAGACCGGGCAGAAUCGGACGCAUUGGAGAGUACGGCGAGCCGGGAUUUCCAGGUGAAAUGGGUGAACAAGGGCAGCAAGGACCAGCUGGGCCGAAAGGAACACCUGGACCGCUGGGCUACCGUGGUAUGAUGGGUGCAAAGGGUAAUCGCGGUGCAAAGGGUACUCCUGGACACACUGGAGCAGAUGGACUGAAUGGAGACAAUGGUGCACCAGGAGUUCCCGGACAGAACGGACAGCCAGGACAGAAGGGUGACACUGGACCAGUUGGACAAGAUGGUGGAGCUGGUCCACAGGGACUGUCAGGUGAAGUUGGACGGCAAGGAGAGAAGGGUGCCAGAGGAGCACUUGGAGCAGAAGGUGAUGCUGGUGCACGCGGCUCUAAGGGUGCACCUGGUGAGGAUGGAGCCAUGGGUUCGCAAGGCGCAAAGGGAUCAAAGGGCUUCAAAGGUGACAGAGGUCCAUACAUUGAGAAGGUCGGUGUGAAUGCAACAAGCCGCUGUGACGAAAGUGGCCGCUCCAAGGUCAAGUAUGAUCCGUACGUGAAGAAGCUGUACUACUGCAAUGGUAGCAGAUACCAGUGUGUUGAGUCUGAUCCUUGUCUGCGAGAUUGUCAAGUAUCAGAUUGGGAGCCAUGGCAGGCAUGCACGGUGAGCUGCGGCACUGGAACAAUGGUGCGACAACGCCGUGUGCUGCAACCGGGUGGCCAGUCCGCUGCACCUUGCCCGGCGCUGUCCGAAACCAGAAGCUGCUCGGUCGGCGCCUGCUCAUGUCCCACGCCAUCCAUUGCAAACGGAGCAACAGUUGGUGUGAUUGGAGGCGGCCGUGUGGGUGUCGACACACGCAUCUCAUGGCAGUGCAAUCAAGGAUACCAGAUGAGCGGUGCCAGUGUUAGCCGGUGUAUGCGCACGGGAGAGUUUGAUGCCUUGCCAGCAUGCAGCCCAAUCGUAUGUAGCGACCCAGGUGUUCCAACCAACGGUGCUCGGGUUGGUCCUACACCAGAGCUAACAGUUGGAGCUAGUUUGACGCACAGAUGUAAUGCUGGACACGUCCUUAGCGGUGCAGCAAGCACUAGUUGUCAGGCUGACUCAUCGUGGAGCGAGCCCUUGCCUUCUUGUGAACCAUUGCAGUGCGGCAAUCCAGGCAUCCCAGCCAAUGGCGACACCAGUGCGUCAUCCGGAGUAGCCGGAACAGUGGCCACGUACAGCUGCGACUUUGGCUAUUCCCUGGUUGGCAGUGCUUCUCGCACGUGCAUGGCCAGUGGGCAGUGGAGCAACUCGCUACCGUCUUGUGAAUUGGUAAGCUGCGGUGAUCCAGGAUCUCCACAGUUUGGGCUGAAGCGAGGAAGUAUCUACACGUUCGGAUCAGACGUUUCGUUCAGUUGCAAUCCUGGUUACAUUCUGGCCGGGUCACGCAGUCGCCACUGCCAGGCAGAUGCUACCUGGUCUGGAGAUCGCGCUGUCUGCGAGCUGAGAGUGUGCCCACCCGUGUCAAACCCUGCCAAUGGAGCUGUCUCACUGUCAAAUGAGGACCGUGUUGUAGGAACCACGGCAUCGUUCACCUGCAACACAGCCAGCCAUGAGUUGAUCGGUGCAGCGCAGAUCGAGUGCCAGGCAUCGGGAAUAUGGUCACAGCCUCCUCCUGAAUGCAAUGUGAUCGAAUGCUGUGAGCCGAGCGCACCGGAGAAUGGACGUAUUGUCGGUUCCAACGUCCGACGUCGCUACGAAGCACUGCGGGAUAGUGUGCAGUACGAGUGUGAUAGUGGAUAUCGCCUGAUGGGGGUUUCACAGCGCCAGUGCCUCGCCACUGGCUGGUCGGACUCCGCACCAACAUGUGAACCGAUAACGUGUGCUGAUCCCGGCGUUCCCAGCGAUGGAAGGCGUCUGCCAUUGUUUGGAGUGUUCCUUCCCAACAACGAGGCCUCGUUCACUUGCGACGGGGGCUUCCGUCUGAACGGCAGAACAUCACUGACCUGCCAGUCGAAUGGGCAGUGGGAUGAUGUCAUUCCGACUUGCGAAGUGAUAACAUGCGCACCACCAAGUGCACCUGCGGAUGGCCAGCGUAUUGGCACCGACUUCAGUUACAGUUCUUCACUGGAGUUUGUGUGCAACGCUGGUUUCACACUGCGUGGAUCACGGCAACGCACAUGCCAGUUGACUGGCCAGUACGAUGGAAGCGAGGCCUUCUGUGAUCCCGAUUGUAUUCUCGGUGAAUACGGAGACUUCUCCGAUUGCAGCACGACAUGUGGUGCAGGAACGCGGUCUCGUACCAGAUCCAUGCUUCAGGAGCCAUCGGGUGACGGCAAGGCAUGCCAGGAGUUGCAGGAAGUUGACGUAUGCAACCUGGGAUCAUGCAUUCAAUGCAUGAGUGGAGCCUAUUCUCUGGGAGAAACGGCCUAUGUUAGCCCAUCUGCUGCCUCGCAAAGCUAUGCUGCGGACGUUGUUAUUGUGGUCGAGCGCAGUGCCGAGCUGGAAGAUGCGUUCACGGAACUUGAGCCGUUCCUGCAAGCCAUCGAGACGGAUCUGACAACCAGACAGGGUGUUGGAAACAACCCAGAACUGCCCAACCUGUACACAUUGGUUGGAUUCGGAGGAGAUAUGGGAACUGGUGCGGAGUGCGGACAUCACAUGCUCAGUGAUUCCAGCCAGCCAGGUGUCACAUCAUUCACCUUCCCCAAGCUAUCGGCUGCACUUCGCCGUCCAUUGCUUUAUCGCCAGGAAGGACCAAAGGACGGUUAUCAAGCGAUCCUGUAUGCUUUGCAGAAUAGUGGCAUUCGUCACAGCCCCAAUAUUGCGCAUAAUCUCAUCUUCCUGGGCAAUGCAUCAAGAAGUGACUCAUGCGGUGUCUCCGGCGAUGCCAAGGACCAGGUGCGGACUGAGAUCUUGCGCAAUGGGUUCACUGCGAACUUCAUCCUUGAUCAUGUUAUCCGACUGGUGCGUGACAAGUCCCAGGAGGUGUUGGGUGUGCGCAGUGUGCUCUUCAACCAGACGAAGUUGACCUACAUCCAGCCUGACUUUAGAGACCUGGGCGCUGGCUUCAGUGCUGUUGACCCAGACAGUAGCUCGCUCACCGUCGACUACUCCGAGUCAUAUGGCACCGUGAAUGAGGACUGGACACAGCUUGCCCUGGAUCUUGGCGGCGUCCUGUGGAAUAUGAACAACUUCAUCAAUCGGCACCCGCAGUCGAGUGCGUAUGUGGCAUUCAGUGCUGCAUUCCGCAACAUCAAGGCGCAAGAGAUCACCACCGCUGCCAGAAGCUGCAAACUUUGCUCCUGUGUGGAUGGCGGUGAUGGUACUGGCCAGUUCCGUUGUGCACAGCAACCCAAUGAUAUAUACUGCAGGUGCAGAGAAGCUGGUAGCACGGAUGCCGAGUGCUCAACAUAACUGACCAGUUGAAGAAUGGUUCCAGUCCUCGAACUCGAAGCCCGCACUCUCUUCUACUCUACUCUACUUUAUGUGUCUUUUAUUACUGUUUCCAUAAAUCUACUCCAUGUUUGUAGUUUGGAUUCAGCUGCGAAUUCAACAGUUUUCAAUGCAGCAAAAAGCACAUACUUUAUGUAAGUUUCCUAGAUUUUGUUCUGGCUAUUUGUCUUGGUAAGAACAUUUCGGCAACUGAGCAUGAUGCCAUUUGGAUUCAUCAUCGUUAUUGUUCUUCCAACUCAUCACGACCUCUUUCAAAUUUCCAUCGAAAAGAAAUACAGUAUCUAGAUUGAACUGGA